UACGACCCCUGUAGCGUUUAAAGUAAAAACUAAAAUUAGUAGUGCUUUGACACAAAUCGGGAAAUGAUGAUCAAACUGUGGAAUUUUCUCUUUUUGAUAAGUUUUUUAAGUCUUAUGCUGGUCGCUGGCUUUGAAGAUGAGGAACCGAAUUGUUUUGCCCUAAGUGACGAAUUUUGUCCCAAUGCCAACAUUACCUUUUGGCUUUACACAAAAGCCAAACCGGAGGGAAUGGAACUCUCACAAUUUAACCUUCCAAUAGAUCAGUUUGUACCCCUAAAACCACUCAAGGUGAUAAUCCAUGGCUUUAACGGGCACCGCAAUUAUACUCCCAACAUCCAGCUGCGUCCUCGAUUUAAUAAGCUAGACAUUAAUGUGAUAUCCUUGGACUAUCACAAACUGGCCAAUGAACCCUGCUACUCGGAGGCAGUUAACAAUGCCAAAUAUGUAGGUCGCUGUAUUGCCCAAUUUCUGCAAAUACUUCUUGUAAACAAAUUGGUAGCAAUUAAGGAUCUGCAUUUGAUCGGUUUGGGUUUGGGAGCCCAUGUGGCAGGAUUUGUUGGUAACUUCAUUCCGCAACACAAGCUGGAACACAUCACGGCCCUUGAUCCUGCCAAACCUCUUUACCUGGUCAAGGAUAAGGCCCAAAAACUGGAUCCCACGGAUGCCAAAUUCGUGGACGUGCUGCACACGGAUGUUAUGAUGCUCGGUCUUCUGGAGGCAGUGGGCCACGUUGACUUUUACUUGAACAUGGGCGUUUCGCAGCCCAACUGUGGACCCAUCAAUCUGAUGGAGACCCAUUAUUGCUAUCACAACCGAGCCGCGGACUAUUACGCGGAAUCUAUUUUAAAUCCUUCCGGAUUCUAUGGCUUCUACUGUCCCAACUUCAAGAGCUUCGCCACAGGCUCCUGCGUUCCCUCGAAGGAUUUCGAGGUUAUGGGCUUCGAAGCCAAUUCGGAGGCCAGGGGCAGGUAUUUUCUGGACACCAAUAUUAUGCCGCCAUAUGCCUUGGGGUAUAACCUAAACAAACUCAAUCGCCAACUGAAAGGUCGCACUUUCAUAAACGAUGAUAUGAUAGAUAAGCUCCUUGAAACAAAUAAGGAAGCUUAAGCUAUUAGCGAGGAACAUUCUAAGGGUAGUUUCUGAGUUAAAAAGGAUCAGUAUCAAAACAAUAAAUAGGAAAAUAUGAUUCGAAAUAAUAGACAAAAUAUUUAAAAAGUGUUUACCGAAGAUUGACAUCUCACAAUUAGAAAUAAUAUAAUGUAUUACUAUAUUUUAAUUAUAAAUAAACAGAUAACUUAAAGAAAUGAUUCUAAA